AUGAAGCGAAAGGCAUUUGCCCCCACAGUCAUUCUCUUUGCACUAGCCUGUGUCUGCAUCCCUGCCCCUCUCUCCACCGCCCCCACCGUGGCUGUGUCCACCCUGUCCGUCUGCUCCAGCGCCCUGAGCUACAGCUGGCAGGUGGACGACUGCCCAGAGAGCUGCUGCGAGCCCCCCUGCCGCGCCCCCAGCGGCUGCGCCCCGGCCCCCUGCCUGACCCUCGUCUGCGCCCCAGUGAGCUGCGUGUCCAGCCCCUGCUGCCAAACAGCCUGCACCGGCCCCUGCACGGCCUCGUGCUGCCAGCAGUCUAGCUGCGAGCCCCCCUGCCGCACCUGCUCCCCCUGCCAGCAGGCCUGCCGUGUGCGCGUCUGCUGCAAGCCUGCGUGCUGCACACCUGUUUGCUGCAAGCCUGUCUGCUGCACACCUGUGUGCUGCGAGCCCGUGUGCUGUGAGGCCACCCCCUGCUCAGCCCCCUCGUGCUGCCAGCCCACCCCCUACCCCUCGUCCUGCCACAGACCCUCCUCCUCCGUGUACCUGCUCUGCCGUCCCGCGUGCUCCCGCCCCGCCUGCUGCAUCCCUGCCUCAGUCUGCUGCUGA